AUGGACGGAGGGUGCAAGGCCUACGAUGAUUAUUUCGACCGCGUUCUACGUGAAAGAACCAUUCUUUGUGAUCAGCCUCCCCAAAUUCAAAAGUUUGACAACCGCAUUGAGGAAGCCCAGGGUUCUACCUUUGCGCUCGAGUACCAACCAAAAAUUCUUCGAGCUUCUAAAUUUCGACCAAGGUUGAACCAUGAACAGCGCCUCGUUGAGCUUGUGCGAGAGAACUCAUCGUACAGACGGGAACUCCGUUUUUUCCGUGUAGUGUUCGAGGCCAUGGAGGAAAUGCAACGACAGGUGAGCUCGACUGCUCAACAGCUGGUCCUCAAUCACUAUCUCGACACCGUCCAGCCUGAUGACCGUUGGCUGAUCAGCGCUGAUGAGCUCAACACUAUGGUGCAGAGGUAUGGUGCAAUCGUCGAUUAUGCUGCCAAGGAUUGGGUGGAAGUCACGGAGCAACAACACUCUGCGCAAGCAGCGGACAAGAUCUGA